AAAAAUGAUUUUCAAAAAGCCAUGCCUUCCACACAGCCAAACAAUCAAAAGAAGAAAAAGACCUCUUCCAAUUCGAAGUUGACCUCACGCUCCAGGUCGAAAACAUCCAAGACAUCUUCGAAAGGCCAAUCAAAAUCGCAAAACAAUACAUCUCACCAAGCUUCCACAACUCAUAGAAGAUCACGAUCACGACAAUGCAAUGUC